CCUUAUGUUAACCCGGAACACAGCGCUCACUAAACAACAGUCUUGGCUCUGUUUUGCGUUGACAUUUUGCCACGCACAGCCGCUUGCUAAGGAUCAUAGUAAGGAGAAUGGCUGCAGACUGGGUUGGUAGUGUUGUGUCCAUAGACUGUGGAGCAACGUUGGGAGUUUAUCAGGGUGAGGUGUCCUCUGUUGAUCAUUCCAGCCAAACAAUCUCACUAAAGCAUCCCUAUCACAAUGGGGUCAAGUGUCCUGUUCCUGAGGUCACAUUCAGUGCCAUGGAUAUCAAAGAGUUAAAGUUCCUGGAUAUCCAGAACAAAGUUAAGAAAAACAGCUCUGGAAAGGACACUGCAACAGAACCCAGCUUCAUAUCAACAGGACGCCAUGGCCAGACUAAUAAAACAAAUCACUCUUAUGCAACAAGCAACAGCUCUCAUUCCAGCUCUGGUCCAAUCACCAACACACGCAGAGGUUCAUCAAACAGCAGAGGGACGACACAGACCACACCCAGGAGAAGCAACGUGAGGAACGGAGGGGCUGGAGGGCAACAGAGAUCAAAGAAUGACGAAUGCUUUGGUGAUGGGACUGAUGAGAAUCUGGACACUGACUUUGACUUUGAGGGAAACCUGGCUCUGUUCGACAAGGCCGCCGUUUUCUCCCAGAUUGAUGGGGCCAGUAGCAACAGCAACAAGUCACAACAUCACAGCGCACAGGCUGAGCAGAAGACCCAGUCCUAUCGUCAUGAUGAGAAUAUUCUGGAGGGCAAACCGGUCACAUACAGACAGAUAACUGUGCCCCAGCAUGGGGGGAAAGAGUACUGUACUGACACAGGCCUGGUGGUUCCCAGUGUGCCCUACGAGCUCCAUAAACAACUCCUAGCAGCUGCAGAGCGUUGGGGUCUGUCUCUUGAGCGUAGGCUGGAAGCAGUCGGUGUUUGUUCCAGUCAGAUGGCUCUCACAUUGCUAGGUGGACCAAACAGGCUCACCCCAAAAAAUGUCCAUCAAAGACCCACUGUGGUCCUUCUGUGUGGGCCCCAUGUUCAGGGAGCCCAAGGCAUCAGCUGUGGUAGACACUUGGCCAACCAUGAAGUGGAGGUCAUCUUGUUCCUGCCCAAUUUUGUCAAGAUGCAAGAGUCAGUCACCAGUGAGGUCAGCCUCUUCAGCAAGACGAGCGGCAAGCAGGUGUCCAGCAUCAAAGACCUGCCUGUGAGCCCAGUCGAUCUUGUCAUCAACUGCUUGGACUGCCAUGAGAACCCACUGCUGAGGGAACAGUCCUGGUACCAAUCCGCUGCUGACUGGGCCAACAAGAACCGGGCUCCAGUCCUAAGUAUCGAUCCCCCAGUCAGCGAGCAGCCUCAGAGUGUGGAAGCAAAGUGGACCCUCUCUUUAGGACUUCCACUACCUUUAGCAGACAAAGAGAGCCGAGUCUACCUCUGUGAUAUUGGCCUCCCUAAGAUGAUUUACCAAGAAGUUGGCAUCAGCUACCACUCACCGUUUGGAUGUAAAUUUGUCAUCCCUCUGCACUCAGUAUAACAGAGUCGGGGCUCACGGACACUUGGAGGGAAUGGUUUGCUUGAGUGCGCAGAUAAGCAACAACAUGCCCCAAACAAAACUUUGUUGCAGUGUGGAGGAAACUUGUUGAUACAUUUGGGAGCAUCAUUGGAAAGACUGAACUGUGCGUGAGCACACAUUGAGUGCGAUACCUCUUGUAUUGGAGGGACAAGGGUUUCCUGUUGUUCGUUUAUUUUGAUAAGGCUCCGUGGCAACGUGAAUAUGUUUACAAAAUGCUGACCACUGUGAGUCUCUCUUUGACCUCUGAUCCUGUGACCAGUCAAAGCAGCAAAGACACAGUUUCCGUUUCCUUCUGCAUGUGCAGCUUAACCUACAGCUGACUGCCAGUCAAAUCUGCCAUUCAUCUUCCACGGUUGAUGUCUGGUGUAGCAUGUUCCAUUGAAAAUGUGAUAUUAUACAGAAUCUAUAUUUUUAUUUAUUUUUUUGAACAAAUCUCAGGAAUAAUGUGAAAUGUAGAAAAGCAGAAGAUUAUAUUUGCAUUUUUUGUGGUAGCACUCCUACAGUAUUUGGUGUCUUUGGAUGGUGGCGUUUUUCUACCACUUUGAUUUCCAGGUAUUACUGCUAGUUGUUUGUGGCAAAUCUUAUUUGUUUAACUUUUUCUUUUUUGACUCUUGGAGUUAAAUUACCUCUCUGACUGCCUCUCUUUUGGUCAACAUGGAAAAUUUCUGUGAAAGCUUUAGGUCAACAAAAUGUCAACUUGACCUGAGCAAAGAAAAUGUCUGUAUUUUAAACCCGAAGCUGUGCACUCUUGAAAUUAAGCAAUAACAGUCUUUCAGAGUCGGGGUUUUAUGAACUUUUUCCACCAAAUAAAUAUAUUUGAAAUGUAAGAGUACAAAUUGGGAGGCUUUACAGUUUGACACUUUAUGUACUCACGUAACAUGUUACAUUUUGUAAAUAAUGGUUUCGUUUUUGUACUUCAUUUUGGGUAUUCAUACGACUAUACAUUUCUUUUUAUAGUGCUUUUGCUGACUUGUCAUAGAAUGGUCAUUUUUGCUAUAACACGGCAAUAUGUGUUUUGCCAAAAACAAAAAGAAGGAAUUUGUGUAGAGUGAAUGAAUUACAUUAAAAAUAUUCACGGUCUCAGAAGUUACCACUCAGGAUCAAAAAGGUCACAGUGACUGCAGCCUCGUGUAUUCUCACUGUUCUUUGUCAUCAUUGUAGCAGACACUAAAAUGUGAUCAUAACUGUCAUCAGUUCACAUUUUUGAAAAAAUGCCUUGGAUUUUUGAUUGUGGAUAGGUCUCGUCUUGGGAUUCA